GUGUCCAUCAGGACUCAGUGGGCCUCUAUCAGGCCCCAGCGCAGUCAGACACACACAGCUACAGAUAACCCGUUCAAAGUACAACAGCUCGGCAGCUGCUUGCAGGAAACUCAAAUCCAAAAAUCUGUUGUGGUGGUGCAGCAGAAGGGAUCCAGCAGCUCCAGCGUGGACAAGAUCCUAUGCACAGGAGCUCAUGCAGGAAACUGGCUUCUCACCUGCCCAAAUCCUCCGUCUGUAUGAGAGAUUUGAAUUUUUGGACCAGGAAAAGAAUGGACAUCUCAGGCCAGAGGAUUUUGAAGCAGUAACGGAGCUGGCUCUGAACCCCACUGGAGACAGAAUCAUUGGUUCCUUUUUUCUUCCUCAGGAAACUGUGGACUUCCCCUCCUUCGUCAGGAUUUUGGCUCAUUUCCGUCCUAUUGACGAGAACCAAAGCCAGAGAGGAGCAACAGCAGAUCCCAUCAACAGGACCAGCAAACUCAAAUUUGCCUUCCAGUUAUAUGACCAGGACAGGAAUGGGAAGAUUUCCAGAGCAGAGCUUCUUCAGGUGCUGCAGGAGAUGAUGGGGAUGCAGGUGCCGGAGGAGCAGCUGCAGUGCAUCACUGAGCGAGCGAUACAGGAGGCAGACCUGGACAAAGAUGACGCCAUCUCAUUCGAAGAGUUUAAGAAGUCACUGGAGAAAGUCGACAUUGAUAAUAAGAUGAGCAUUCGCUUUUUGAGUUGAAGACGCUCUCUGACACCCUGUCAUGAUGUGGGGACUUCCUGAUUUCUUGAGGAGACACCUGACAUCC